CAACCCAUAAGUAAUGUUGCACGGACCAGCUAUUUAGAGUGAAGGAUAUAUGUUACCCCAGAUACCAGGGAGUUUACUAAAAACCUACUACUGAACUACUUAAGAUACAAGAAACCACUUCUCUCGUUUUCUCCUCUGCAACCAAUGGUCACUUUUCCAUGCUUUAUCCAUUAGCACCAGGCAAAAACUGCCUCGUUUGCUCGAGACAUUUCCUUUGACCAUUGGGCUCUGGUCCAGUUCUCAACUAUGCCUAUCGAAAGAAUCGACCUUGAGGCGCAAGAAGAGACCGAUAACGUUUUAUUUCUUUCUGAAGAACCCAGUGGUAUUUCUGGGCGCCGAAGGCGUCUCUCAUCCUGUACGAUCGGGGAUGAGGACACCAGCGGCGAACGUGUUGAGUACCCGAACACUUCAGCUCGUCUUCUCGAACAGGGUGAACUCGAGCUUAAGACAAUAAGGCUAUUGAAUACGAUUGUACAAGCAGGUUCCUUUCUUGAAGUACGCCAAUUCUUUUCUGGGAAAUAUCUUGUUGAGUUUAUUCUGGUCAAAAUCCUGGUUCGAUGCCGCUCUACAGACGCAAUCAAAAUUCGUGGCACACCCUUCCUGAGAAACCGCUCCUCUUUCGCAAAGCUUCCCAAGAAGUCAAACGAAGUUUGCAUGCUGAUAUGCCGAGACGAUGACACGAACAACGAAGAGGCCACAGACAUCAGGCCAUCACAAGUGGUUCAUGUGCACCCACUGCUCAUCACCAACGCGACAUACCCCAAUUUCAACCGGGUUAUCUUCAAUCCCCAACAUCCCGCAGAAAGAGGCCGACCAAAGAAGCUGGAGGUUUGUUACGCUGGACAAGGAAGCCGUCGGAAGCAAGUUGAAGAGUCUCUUGUUCGCAUUGACUCCAGCGAAGUCUCACGGAGAGAACAUAGAUUUUCUAACGAAAUACUCCGCAACAGAUGGCGAGGAUCUACCGUCAAAGGAGGCUCCUGGACCCCUUUUUCUGGCGGUGACCUGAUUGACCUGGAGUCGGAGGGACCCAAUGAAGAAGAUCGAAGCCCUGGCCAGCAGUACACGGUAUUUGACUCUUGUUCCGGUGCUGGCGGAGUAUCGCGGGGAGCCCUCAUGGCUGGCUUUAAAGUCCGAUAUGCGUUGGACAAAGCACCAGAGGUGUGGAAUACUUACCAAGCAAACUUCCCAGGGACCGAACUAUACAAGAUGUCUCUUGACCAAUUUCUGUCCAACGCGCAGACGAGUCAUAUGCGAGUGGAUAUGCUGCACUUCUCUCCGCCGUGCCAGUAUUUUUCACCAGCCCAUACUCACGAAUCGAGUCACGAUGAUACGAACAUUUUCGCAUUAUAUGGGUGUAACCAAUUACUUAGAAAGUUACGUCCCCGGCUUGUCACCGUAGAACAGACAUUUGGGCUUACGCAUGACCGACAUGAGGAGUACUUUAAUGGCUUCCUCGGGGACUUCACACAGCAUGGCUACUCCGUACGCUGGAGAGUUAUAAAACUUUGCACGUGGGGAGCUGCCCAAGACCGGAGACGCCUAAUCAUCAUCGCCGCUGCACCAGGUGAGAGACUUCCAACCUUCCCCCAGGCUACACACACUCAGGAGGGUGGAAAUGGACUGCUGCCCUACAACAGUAUCGGAAAGGCGCUCGGAGGCAUCCGUGUGGGAGACGAUCUUCAUGACCUUGAUAAUGUCCAUUACUUCGAUCCGCCACGAGCGCCAUAUGACCCAGAACGCCUGGCAGGGACUGUCACCACUGGUGGAGGUGAUUUUUACUACCCCGACGGCUCACGAAAGCUCACUCUAAGAGAGUAUGCAAGCUUGCAAGGAUUCCCCAAGUCACAUCAGUUCCUCGGUACCAGAACAUCCAUCAAACGGCAAAUCGGAAACGCCUUUCCCCCAAACACAGUCCGUGUUCUCUACAAGCACUUAGAACAAUGGCUCUUGAACGAAGACCGCAUGAAGCCAUUCACCAACUACCAGGACGCCAUUCUCAUUAAAGAUGAUUCCGACACGACAGCCAAUCUUACAGACGACUCUGAAGAUAGGCCACGCCACUCUCCGGAUAUGAUGGACGGAAGUACUGUUGAGGCUUUCGAUACACAACAACACCGACACGGCAGAGCCUCUUGGGCAGUUGAGGGCAUGGUGAUUGACUUGACCUAGCUCCUGAGCAGGUUUUUGAUCAAGGCAACCUGGUACGGAGAACGAGAUUAGUGGACACUGGCUUGGUUUUGUAGCGGCCUGGAAACUAGAUGACAGUUUUUCUCCUUGGAAAGGUCACGACGUGG